AUGCGCUCUGCCCAUCGCCUUCGACUACUUCGUGCAGCGCUCUCGCCUAUCAAUCAUAUUCGCCAAAUACACCUGUCGAACAUGUCGUCGAAGCCAGUGCGCGCCCUCAUCAUGGGCCCACCAGGAUCAGGUAAAGGAACUGUAUCUGAACGCAUUGUAAGUACUUUUAAGGUAACACAUUUAUCGAGUGGAGAUGUGCUCCGAUCCCAAAUUAAAGAAGGUACAGAAGUUGGCUUGAAAGCAAAAGCGAUCGUGGAAAAAGGAGGACUUGUACCUGAUGAAGUCAUGAUAGAACUGAUAAUGGCCAAGAUGAAGGAGUUAUCUGGAGGAAGCUGGCUUUUAGAUGGUAGGUACAUGUCAAGGCAGUUUUCAGGAUUUUACAAUUUCAGGAUAUGUCCUUGGUGCAAACAUCUCAGCUGAUCUGUGCAAAAUUGAUUCGAAAUGAUAUACUUAUAAUGCAAAUUGCGUACGCAGCUUUAAUAGAAAAUUAAUUUUGAUUGGAUGUAUUUUGAGAGUCAUAAGCUAAUAAAAACUAUACACUAUCCAAAGCUCUCUUUGAUUUGUAUGAAAUUUGUAGUGAUAAACAGAUGCCAACAACAGUGAGGUUUCUUAUCUGAAGCGUGGAAAAGACGUCCAUUUUGUGAGGAAUGCAAGGAGAGGGUCGUUUCUGUUCAGAAGAAAAACUAUUUCCACACAAUGCAUGGAUCACUUUUUCCUCAAUGUGUCUUGUCAUGGGAAAGGCCCUUUGAUUUAUUUGUUUCCUGCAACUUGACUUUCAAAUUUCUUGCUUCAAAUGAAAACAGUGCCUUCCAAAGGUAACUUGUUUUGCCACAUUGGCAUUCACUGUUGGUUAAACACUUACCUGUGUAUUCUACAUAAUUUGCGACUUUGUUUCAUUAGAAAAGAGGCUAAGAGGAUCAGACUAUAGCCUAUAAUCUUUUAACAUACGGGUAUAAGCAGGAAUAUGGGCAGAGGACAGAAAACCCAGGUAUAAAGGGCGAGGUCCCUUGAGAAUGAUCCUGGUGUGUAUUUACUACUCUUCUACCUACACCUCUAUUUUUAGGUUUUCCAAGAACUGUUGUACAGGCAGAGAAGCUGGGCGAGAAACAAGAGCUUGAUGUUGUUAUAAACUUAGAUGUUCCAUUUGAAACCAUAAUUGAUAGAAUUUCAGUAAGUUUUCUUUUUCUAUUUCUGAAACAUCAAUUUGUACCAUGUUGAGUCACAUUAGGUGGUCUCUCAUGAUCCAUAACAAGAGAUUAUCUAAUUUCAAAAAGGUUAGAGUGAUAAUAGCUAGUAGUUACUCUGCAGAUCAAUUUGAGUAAUGUGAAGUCAAAUAAGUCCAAAAGAAAAUAAUGUAUAGUUAAUCAAAAAAAGCAGCCUUUUGUGGCACUAAACAAGUUAGAACAGUGGUAAACCAAGUACUGUUGUGCUGGUAUUUCAGUGCUGUUGUCACUAAUGUGUGAAUAAAAGAAAGAUAAUUAUGUCUUGAAAUGAAAUAUGAAAUAUGUUUACUUUUCAUUCCUAGAAACGUUGGAUACAUCCAGGGAGUGGGAAGACUUACAACUUAGAUUUCAACCCUCCUAAAGUACCAGUACGUGAGCAGUAUGAAGUAUUUUAUGACUGCAGUUAAUCUUUACAAUUUGUGAUGAUUAGCAACUUUUAUGAAGAUUAACAUCUGGGUGUUUAAGCAUAAGAAGGGUUUUAAUCAUGAAAUGUUUCUGUUAUUGAAGACAUUUGAAUAACAUUAAGUGACACUGUGAUUUGAUAACAAUCCAGUUGUAUUGUUCUUCUGAAUAUUUACAAUUAUGUGAUUUAAUUAAGUAAUAUAGGACUGUUUACCCCAGGUGCUGGUGUUUAUUUUAGGAAAAGUCUUUUCAAUCUCUCAGCUCUUAGUUACAACAAGGAGAUAGGGUCAAAAGGAAAAGGUGACUUUUUGGUAGAUGCAAGACAAAUUGUUCAAAGUUGAUCUUCACUGUAUUAGCUGUAGUUAUGGAGGAGGAUAGUAAUUGCUUAGGGUUGAAGUUCUUAUAGGUUCCCUGGGGUGGUCUCUUAACAAUAAUAUCAAGGUGACAAGAAGGUAAAUGCAAUACCUAGACAGACUGUGAGCUGUCUGCUUUCCAACCUUCUCAAGAUGAUGUCUGCAAGUAGUACUAACAUUAAGACAGCAAGAUUGCUUUGCUGAGAAAAAAUCAAGGCAGUGAGGUUUUUAAGUUAUGUGUUGUGUUGUUUUAAAAUUAGCAAUUAAAUUUCUCUUUAGGGAAAAGAUGAUGACACAGGUGAGGAUCUUGUUCAAAGAGAUGAUGAUAAGGUUUGUUAUCUGGCUUACUGUGAAAGUUUUGAUGUAUUUUUUGAAAUCAAAAGCCCUUUAAUUAAUCAGGAAGUGUUCUUAAAAACAACGGCAUGUAAAAGAGAAAGAAAGGAUUGAAAAAAAAACACUAACUUAAUGAAAUAAUUAAAAUUUGUAUGAUGCUGGCAUUUUUCCUCUAGCCUGAGACUGUGCGACAGAGAUUAAAACAGUAUGAGGAAAUGACAAAGCCACUUAUUGAUUUUUAUACGUAAGUACAAACAAGUACAGUAUGUUGAAUCAUUUUGGGUGAUUUAGUCUUCAGAGAAACUUCAUGUUUUAUGAUAUUUCACACUUUUUAAAUGCUGUUUUGUUUACAGGAAACAAGGAAUACUUGAGUCAUUUUCUGGAACAGAAACAAAUGUAAUAUGGCCCAAAGUCAAAGAUUAUCUUACUGAAAAUUUCUUCAAACUAUAAGAAAUUGUUUGGGUGCGACAUACUUCGCAACUGUCUGCUUUAUAUAAUUAUUCACAAGUUGUUUACUAAGUAUUUUCUCAGGUUCUUUGAAUAUUUUUACAUACUCACUGAUCAUUUGGCAAAUAAUUGUCAGAAAUCGUGCUUUGUUUAGAAAGCCUUCAAUUCUUGAAGGUUGGUGGAGAUUUCCUAGUUCCAUAUGGAUUUAAACCACAAACAGUUGUCUUGUUUCUUUUUCUGGUAUUUAAUGAUUUUUAUAGGUUAUCUAGUCAUAAAAAAAUUCAGAUUCAAAUCUUUGCAAAUGAGAAAUUUCAAAUUUUCCAAUGUCAAAAAAACAAAAAUCAAUGACUCUAUCAAAUUGCAAGUUUUAUGCUAUUAUAAAAGCCAGAGGAAAUAAUCAAAGGGGAAAGAGUCAUGUAAUUCAGGCUAUUAUUGUGGGCUUUAGGUUUUGCUAUUCAUGUAAUUAAUAAGGAUUAAAAAUCCCAAAUAAAAUGGGAAGUGAAAAUAACUUGUUGGAAGUAAAAAUUUUUCUUACUGAUUGACAUACUUUCCUUAAAUUUUAGUUCCAAAACUUAUAGAAACACAAGUAAAUUGAUUUUCUUAGAUCUUAAAUCAUUUCUCUUUAGUUGGAAAAUUUACUGAAGAUAUAUCAGGGAAUUAUUAAUUUAAGUAUAGUUAGGUUGUAUCAAUUGUGAGGGAAAUAAGUCCAAAAGAAAAUAAUGUGUAAUUAAGGAAAACAAAAAAGCAACCUUUUGUUUUUUGUGGCACUUUAUAAAGAUGAGUGGUAAACCAUGUGCAGUUGUGUUAGUAGUUCAGCACUGUAGUCUAUCAUGUGAAUGGUAGAUUGUCAAUAAAAGAAUAAAAAUUG